UUUUCUUCGUUUCCCGCUCUGCUCUUAUAUAAGAGAGCUCUGCAUUGAGCUGUCUCUUUAACUCACAUUGUUUUCAUUGUGCUCUUGGCUUGUGAUAUAGAUACAUUGUGUAUUAUAUAGAAAGAGAGAAAACAAGAAAAACUUGUGCAACAAUGGCGGUUUCUCUCAGAAGUAUCAUUGUUUCUUCAUUGCUGAGUGUUCUGCUCUUUGUCAACGUAAUUGCUGGGAGAGAAAGUUCCGAAGAAUCUUAUCAGUUAAAGAGCUUAAAGAACUCAACAACGGCGGAAAGGUUGACUAAAGAAGUUGAAUUUAAGCAUGAUCAUGCCGUGGAUGAUCCAGAAGCAGUAGCUUCCAUGGUUGAUAUGACUAUCAAGAACAGCACAGAGAGGAGGAAGUUGGGAUUCUUCUCAUGUGUAACGGGAAAUCCAAUUGAUGACUGUUGGCGUUGUGACCGCAGUUGGAUUCACAAUCGGAAGCGCCUUGCCGAUUGCUCCAUUGGCUUCGGACGCAAUGCCAUUGGUGGCCGGGAUGGCAGAUACUACGUUGUCACUGACCCGAAUAACGAUGAUCCUGUUAAUCCUCGUCGUGGCACAUUACGCCAUGCUGUUAUUCAAGACAGACCACUAUGGAUCGUGUUCAAAAGGGAUAUGGUGAUCACCCUAAAACAAGAGCUAAUUAUGAACAGCUUUAAGACAAUUGAUGCCCGUGGUGCCAGUGUCCACAUUGCAAAUGGGGCUUGCAUCACAAUCCAAUUUGUGACUAACAUUAUUAUCCAUGGUCUUCAUAUUCAUGACUGCAAACCCACCGGGAAUGCAAUGGUUCGAAGUUCACCAACUCAUUAUGGUUGGAGAACAAUGGCUGAUGGUGAUGCUAUAUCAAUUUUUGGUUCAAGCCAUAUUUGGAUUGACCAUAAUUCUCUGUCCAACUGUGCUGAUGGACUCAUUGAUGCUAUUAUGGGAUCAACUGCAAUUACCAUCUCAAACAAUUACUUUACCCACCAUAAUGAGGUUAUGCUAUUGGGUCACAGUGACUCGUAUGAAAGAGACAGGGUUAUGCAGGUGACCAUUGCCUAUAACCAUUUUGGAGUGGGUCUGAUCCAGAGACUUCCAAGGUGUAGACACGGAUACUUCCACAUUGUUAACAAUGAUUAUACUCAUUGGAAUAUGUACGCCAUUGGUGGAAGUGCAAAUCCCACCAUUAACAGUCAGGGGAACAGAUAUCUUGCCCCUGUUAACCCUUUUGCUAAACAGGUAACAAAGAGAAUUGUCACUGGUAAUAUGACUUGGAGACACUGGAAUUGGAGAUCGGAGGGUGACCUGAUGCUAAAUGGUGCCUAUUUUACUCCAUCUGGGCGUGGAGCGGCGGCCAACUAUGCCAAAGCAUCAAGUUUAGCAGCCAAAUCCUCUUCCUUGGUAGGAACCCUCACCGCUGGUGCUGGUGCUCUUAAAUGCCGCAGGGGCAUGCAGUGUAUCUAAAAAAUUAAAAUCAUGAUGUUCAAGGAAAAAAAGUAACCAAACUUUUACUUAUCCCAUGAAUUCCCAUAUUAGUAUAGUAAAUUCUAGAACUUUUAAUUUUAUCCAUUUUCUUUUUGGUCUUUUUUGAUUAUCUCUCUCCCUUUGAUGAUACCUGCCUGACAAUCAUUUCACUUUUCAUGAUAUGAAACCCAAUCACAAUCAUUAGGUGAGACGUAUCUUCUUCGCGUUAGCUGUACCUUGAGUGCUAGGAUAGGGUCAGCCUCUGAGUCCCCGUCGAUCAACCCCAGCUCCAAAUAUUUGAUAUCUCAAGAAAUGGUGUUGGGACACACCUCUUUUUUACUUUCAAUAAAUCCCUUUUCGUCUCAAAUCUCUUGGCCUCCAUAUUUAUCUUUGCCACCCUACCUUUCAUGGGGACAGAAUCUCGCUUUCCCCUUCACUUAUUCCCUCCUUUUUCAUUUAGUCCAAGUCAAAACAUAGCUUGUGCACAACCGAGGAACAAACAAAACUUUCAGCUCCCAAGAGUCCAAGACUCUCUGUAAUCAACAGUAGUAUUGUGUAAUUAUGGUUUAUGUGAUUUUAUGAUUCCCUACAUGUUUUACUUUUUGAAUAAAUUAUUGGAUCAAUAUACUCUAAUAUUACAUAACGCAAUGAAUUUUUCU